UACCAUAUCCAAAGUUCGAUGUGUCAAUUAACACUACAUAGGACUCUAUUACCGGUCGUGUACAUUACAUCAUCUACUGCAGACACCACGUCAUGAUACUUGAACAUGUCUCCUUAUCAUCCGAUGGUCGCAACGAUAGAUGUGAUGCCUCCCAAAAUCAACGAGUAAAAUCAAGGAAUUAUCCAACAUGACACCAACAAGACAUCUUCAUCUCGAUGCGUCAAAGAGACAGCCCCUGCUUAAGGACCAGGAAAGCCCCAACGAGGAUACAAUGUCACUACCGGUGAAGAGUGUACUCACCGACCCCAAAGGAUCUAAGAAUAACGAAGAUGCGAGUAUCUACUUCAUCGGCACAGCGACUACGGUGAUCGAGUGGCAAGGAAUUCGGAUUCUAACCGACCCUAAUUUCUUGCAUACGGGCGACCACGUACAUCUAGGACCAGGUAUGACAGCGCAGCGGAAGACGAAUCCGGCGGUUGACUUACAUGAGUUGCCGGCCAUCGACUGCGUUUUACUUUCCCAUUACCAUGAAGAUCAUUUUGAUCAAUUGGUUGAGAAGUCAUUGAACAGGACGUUCGAUAUUAUCACCACGCCACAUGCUAAGGAAUGUCUCGCGGGUGAAGCUAAGGAAGACCCGUUCCAAGCCGUUCAUGACCUGGAUUUCUUCGAGAGCUUGAUGUUGCAUAUCGAUCGCAAGGAACCAUCGCAUGCCGGUGGGUACGGCAAAGUACCCGCGAUCAAAGUCACGGGUAUGCCAGGGAAACACGUGCCUCCAGGUCCGCUCGCCAAAGCAAAUGACCUUUUGAAAGCGGUGCCGCCGACGAAUGGGUGGUUACUGGAGCUAGGGCAUAGCUUUAAGGCACCGACGGGAGGCGAUUCGGAGGAUAUUGAUACCGGGUAUCGGAUCUACAUCUCGGGGGACACGCUGUUCGUCGACGAGCUCAAGGAAAUCCCGUCGCGGCUCCGGGGCGAAAAGGUGGAUCUUAUGCUUGUGCAUUUAGGAGGCACGACGAUUCCUGGGCCGUCGAUGCCGCUUGUUAUGGUUACUAUGGAUGCGGAGCAGGGGGUUAAGUUGAUGAAGCUUGUCAAUCCUGAAGUUACUGUCCCGAUUCAUUAUGAUGAUUAUAGUGUCUUCUUGUCGCCGCUGUCGGACUUUAAGGAGAAGGUUGAGGAGGAGGGUUGGGGUGAACGGGUGGUGUAUCUUGAGAGGGGGGAUCAGUAUCAAUUCAAAGUUGGCGGGGGUUAAACGGAAGUACCUAGGAGGUAUUGAAUAAAAUUAGGAAUUGGGUUAGGGAAUAGCACUAAUAGCACUAGGAUUAGGUACUUGGGUAGGGAUAGGGGAAGACGGAAAGGGAAAGAUGUGUGCCGGAUGCCGUGAGAAAAGGGCCCGAUAGAAUCUGCAUAGG